GUUUCGUCGCCGCGCGCUUCACUCGCGCCCCGCUUGCAGCCGCUUCUCGCUUUCUGCUCUCCUCCGCGCGCGCACCUGCCAAGAAGCCCGUGCCCAGGAGGCGAGGCGGGGCCAGGACGGGGCGAGACCUCGCGAAGACUGGACGGACGGCCGCCUGCGGGGAGGGACGCUGCCUAGCUGGCCGCGGCGCUGACAGCAGCCCAGACCCCGCUGUCCAAGGGGAACAUGUGAGCUCCCCCCAGGGACCAGCUCUGAACUGAGCGACCCCCGCAGUGCCGCCUCUGCUCCCGCCGACAUGGGACUCCCCCUGCUUCUAGGACUGCUGUUCUCCCAAACCGGAGGCCUUCUUGCUCAUUCCAUUGAACAGCUGAACAGCUGUAUAACAGCCGAGAACCUCUGUCUGGCCGACCCUGUCUGCAAUGCCACCUAUCGGAUUCUGGGAACCUGUUCCCAUUCCUAUGCUAAGAACAGUUUCUUCACACUGGACCAUGGAGCCUGGAACAAAUGCCUGCAGGCAGAAACCGUUAUUAGAAACAGCCAUUUUCAGGAAUGCAAGUGUCAGCGCCGCACACAAAAGCAGGAGGAGCACUGCCUGCGCAUCUAUUGGACUGUGCAUUCCACUGUCUCAAAAGGCGACUUUAAUUUGGAGAUGUCACCCUAUAAGAAUGUAGUAAGUGAAGAGUCCUUGAAGAUGGACUACAACAAGCUGGCAAGUCAGGUUCCAGAGUCCCAUUUAGUUGGGGACACAACAAAUCCCUGCCUGCAAGUUGCUCAAGUUUGUAGCCUGAAUCGUAGGUGCAGACGUCUUCGUUCAACAUAUGUUUCUAACUGCAGCCCAAAGGAUGGGCACGCCUGCAAUCAACGCAAAUGCCACCGAGAACUGAGGCAUUUCUUUGGGAAAGUUGAUAUGGAUUUCACCAAGAGAUUUCUCUUUUGCUCCUGUCAAGAUGAGUUCUGUGGAGAGCGACGCAGGAAAACGAUUGUCCCAGAUUGCUCCUUCCAAGGCAGUACUCAGCCAAACUGCCUUGUCCUGUUGGACACAUGCCUGAAAGAUUAUAUUUGCAAAUCUAGGUUGGCUGACUUCCAAGAACAAUGCAAGCCCUCAAGCUCUUCCCCAGAUGGCUGCUUUCAGCAUAAGCAUGCUGCUUGCCUGGAGGCUUACAUGGGGAUGAUUGGUACCCCCAUGACCCCCAAUUACAUUAGAAAUUCCACUGCUGAUGUUACACUGUGGUGUUCCUGCGAGAACAGUGGCAACCACAAGGACGUAUGUGAUGAAAUCCGAAGUUCAUUUUCCAACAACAGAUGUCUGAGAAAUGCAAUGCAGUCUCAGAUGGGCUUAAACCAGUUGAAUAGAAAGAAUCAGGAGGAACUACAUUUCAUACCUUCCCCAGACAUCCAGGGUGAUGGCACCAGCACGGUACUCACUGCAAACCUGCAUUGGGAAUCUGCAAAGAAGAUACCACAAGAGGUUGAUAUACAAAAUGAACAAUUACGUUCUCAUUCUGCAUAUUCAGGAGGUCAGCUGUCUUUGCUCACUUUGACCUUGAUGCUGCUGCUUCUGUUGCUGGGUUCACCUUAACUCUGUUCCACAGGCAUUGUUCAUUCCAUGUAAUUCUCCAUCGGAGAAGUGAAACAGAACAUUGUUUCAUGCCAAAGAGGAAGCACUGGCCACUUGCAAGCCCUUUCUUAGUGUGAACCUGUCUGCCAGGACUCAACUGCUUCAGUUACAUGUCUGUGCCAUCAGGCUUGGUUCUCUUUCCAGGGACCCCAAGGAAAACAGCAGCAGAUAGGAGUUUUUAGGGAGCUUAAAUAUAUAUAUAUUGGAAUGAAUAUUUUAGCUUGUUUCAAGUCAUUUUGUUUUGUUUUUUAAAGAGGAAGGGAAGGAAUCUAACAUAUCCAACAUAUCUCACAAUUGACAUGCUAUGUCUGGCUUGCCUGCAAAUCAGAAUCGACUGGACUCUUUGUAGGCUUGUUCAAAAACAUACAAAGCAAAGCUGUCCUGAAGUAAGAGACAGUAAUGCUAAAUAGUAAUGUCUAUACUUGGUCUAAUCUUUCAGUCCAGUGUCUUAUUACUGGUAAGAAGUGUAGCACCUUAGAGCUAGACUGGGUUUCUGUAUACAUCCUAAUAACAUAAUCUUCCUCCUCCAAUAUAGGAGCCUUCCAGGCUUCUAUAGGGAUCACCAUGAGGGCUAAUUGAGAUUUUACCUACCACUGUUCCCUGACUACAUAUAGCUUUUCUGCCGGUAAGAAAGGGAAAUCCCCUCUGACUACCAAAAAUAGGUUCUGGGGAUCACAAGGCUUGCUUGUGCAAAAGCCAUGCAGGAUGUAAAAGAGCGGGAAAUUGGAUGCGAUUCAGUGAAAAAGUUGUCUGAAUCCAACCCGCUUUGUUCAUUGAGUCACACAGCAAAGAUCUUCUCUUUCUGGAAUGAACUAGUGUUCCUUCAUAUGUCCUUAUGUCAAUUCUCUUGUCUGUUAGACUUUUAUUCAAGGUCUAAUAAUAGUGGAUGUAAUAACAUGUGCUGUAUUAACUACUGUUCUUUGGUACUGCAGUGCUGUAAUGUUCACUUCCAGGUACAAGAUAAAAAGUUUACACCUCUGUUGCAUAUGAUCAUUAUCUUGGCUGCUGACUUUAAGUUUUGGAAAAGAUGGCAAGCUAACUGUAACAACUUCUGUAGCAUUGUGAAAGAUGUAGUCAGUACAAUAUCACAUUUCUCUCCCAUCUCCCAAGGAUUGAUUUGGGUAUGGUUAUUAAUGUUGCAAAGCUGAAUAUCAUAUUGGCUUCGGGGCACAGCCUAUCUUUAUAUGAACUAUUUUGGUGCUGUUCUGUUUGCUUUAGAUCUUGAAAUACUUAUGCAGGCUUAUAAAUAUUUUAAAUACAUUAAUCAGAUAAUUUCACAGUGACAGUAUUGUCUCUGCAUCCCAGUAUGCUUUUCUGGGUUUAGUCUACCUAGUAAAGGGUCACUGAUACUGCCUACCAGAAGGAACUCCACCAUAUUUCUGUGUGUAUUUACUGGCAGUACUAAACGGUGGGGUACAGUUCCAGCUCCUUAAUUGAUUACAAGAGGAUUGUUUCCAUGUUAAGAAAUUCUGUUUGUAGCUCUUGUGAAUACAAAUACAUUUGCAGAAUAGACCUAAGCAGAGGAC